GUGCGAACCGAACCGGACGCGCAAACUCGCAGGCAGCAGAGACUCACGCGGUGCUGGACAUGGACUUCUACGAGCCGACACCGCUGGCGGUGGGCUCUGGCAACGGGAGCCGCGAGUGGUUCGUCGAGCGCUGGAACACGCUGCUGGACACAAUCGGUGACGACCAGGAGACGCUGUACGUCUGGGUGUUGACGUUCUACACAAACCUCAUCUACUGGGCGCUGGCCGGCGUGUUCGUGGCGAUGGACCUGACCGAGUGGCCCCGGUUUAUGCGCAAGUACAAGAACCAGCCGGGCGCGAACGAGCCGCUCGACUGGGGCAAGUUCAAGAAGCUAGUGAAAACGCUGCUGUUCAAUCAGACCGUCGUCGGCAUCCCGGUCGCGUACGUGUCGUUUCACCUCAGCCAGCACGGUAUCCCGCCACCGAGGGCGCUCCCUUCCGGCUGGACGGUGGCCCGCGACUUUGCCGUCUGCAUCACGCUGUGGGAGAUCACGUUCUACUACAGCCACCGGAUGCUGCACUCGAGCUUCUUCUACAAGCGAAUCCACAAGAAGCACCACGAGUGGACGGCCCCGGUGGCGUUGGCCGCAAUGUACGCCCAUCCCUUCGAGUACGUCAUCAGCGACCUGCUGCCGGUGUUUGCCGGGCCGGCCGUGAUGAAGUGUCACGUCGCCACCACGGCGCUCUGGUUCGCGUUCGUCAUGGUGGACACGGUGCUGGACCACUGCGGCUAUCAUCUACCGUUCCUGUCCAGUCCGGAGUCGCAUGACUAUCACCACCUCAAAUUCAACCAGUGCUACGGGCUGUACGGCUGGAUGGACUGGUUCCACGGGACCGACGCGGAGUUUCGCAAGAAGAAACAGUUCCAGCGUCACCACCGGAUCAUGGGCUUCCAGUCGGCCCGGGAGCUGGUGCCGGACAAGUGGAGUCCGCCCGCACCGGACCCCGAACCGGUGGCUGUGCAGCGGUCGGCUAGCGACUAGAGUUUAAGUUAGAAGGGGGCAACCCACCGCGAUCACUCCCAAUCACAUCGAUCACCCCGGAAUCGCAAUAAAGUACAAACAUGU